AUGUCUGCUCUACGAAUAUUAAAAGUACAAGCUUUGCCUGAUCUUGAGACAUCUUCAACGCUUCCUGCAUCUGUUUUCAAAGAAUGGAAGAAAUGCAUCCAGAAACAUUUCAGCCGAAGUGUUGUGCGUUUCAGCUACCAAAUCAUGUGUGACAUUGCUGCUGUGAAUUGUGGUGUUAAACCUAGUCUCUUGUUUGACUAUGGUCCAGUAAAACCUGAUCAGAUGUUGUCUUUGAUGCUUGACCUUCUACAGCAAGGGCUUUUACACCGGCUUUCCCAACCAACUACGUUCCUUAUCCUCUCUGUCGGAGGAGAUGUGUUAUUGUGCAACAUGGCUACUCUACUAUUUAAAGUGAUAGCUCACUUACGAAUGCCGCGAGUGUGUCAAUGUAGUGACAAGUUGAACAAAGGGGCCCUUUCUACAGCCUCUGACAUUUCUUCAUCACAUAUCUGUAAUAAAAAUUCUAAAGAAUUCACAUCGAAUACAGGACAAGUAACAUUUCUAUAUUUCUCAAUCUAUUGUCAUGUCAUAUCUAUCUAUCUAUCUAUCUAUCUAUCUAUCUAUCUAUCUAUCUAUCUAUCUGUUGAUUUGUCUUUAGCUUGCCCAGUUCUUUCUUUCUUUCUUUCUUUCUUUUUUGUGGCUUAUUUGUUUUUAGUUAACCCAACUCUUUUCUAUCUAUCUAUCUAUCUAUCUAUCUAUCUAUCUAUCUAUCUAUCUAUCUAUCUAUCUAUCUAUCUUUUGUUAACGAACCCAACUCUUUUAUCUAUCUAUCUAUCUAUCUAUCUAUCUAUCUAUCUAUCUAUCUAUCUAUCUAUCUAUCUAUCUAUCUCAUUAUUAAUAGAAAUUUACAAAAUAGCUAACCUCAUAUCUAUCUAUCUAUCUAUCUAUCUAUCUAUCUAUCUAUCUAUCUAUCUAUCUAUCUAUCUAUCUAUCUAUCUAUCUUUAUUGAGCUGGUCAAAAAUUGAUAAUGAUUCCUUUCUUUGA